UGUUGUGGAGGAAUUGACGAGCGCGCUCGGUUUCUUGCGGCGGGAGCCAAAAUCAGGAAUCCCAGGCUUGGAGGCUACCACCAAGAGACACAAUAAAUACUUUCCGAGACCAAACCAAACUUAAGAUUAAGCAAUACGAAGUCAGCGAACACUAGGUCCUACGCUUGCUGUCUCUGAGUGUUUAAAGUUUAAACAAAUCCAAGUUGUUAGCUUAAAUGGGAAUGGAACGCAAUGUAUAUUUGGCUGCUCUGAGUCGAAGUCUUUGGCAUAGGUUUCGAACUUUUUCUCAGAUCAGUUGGCCUCUAGCCUCUGAUGUAAGUGUAUCAAUUGCUGCCCUUGUAAGUAUUAUUGGUGCGAUAUUGGCAGUGAGAGAUGGCAAAAUGGGGAUACCAACUAGCUUGCCAUGGCCGUUUGGUGGAGAGAAUAUAUCAGAGAAGUCGAUCUUCAUAGCAGGGUUGCAAAAUCUUGGGAAUAAUUGUUUCCUUAAUGUUGUUUUACAGACUUUGGCCAGCUGCUCUUGCUUCCAGACUUUUCUUAAUAGCGUGAUCCAAGAAUUUGGAACUGAGGACUUGACAGAACGGAUGCCUCUUACAUUUGCUUUGGCUAGUUUAUUACAAGAAUUGAGCUUUGUUAGUGCAGAAAAGGUUACAUUGAGUCCACAAAAGGUUAUGCUUGCCAUGUCAGAUUACAUUCCAAACUUUAAUCUCACAAGCCAGCAGGAUGCUGCUGAAGCAUUUCUUCAUCUGUUAUGCUCUCUGAGAAAUGAGUUUGGAGAUUUUUAUGCUCCAAAAGAGAGUUCUUUAGCAGACAGUUUUGGUUCUAAUCAUAGAAUUCUUACACCACUACAGAGGGUUGGGCAGACUGAGUGGGAAAGAUGGCAACAGCUGUUUCUUGGGCCAUUGGAUGGGAUUCUUGGUAGCACUUUAACCUGUCAAAGCUGUUCAUCACAGAUCUCAUUGAGUUUCGAAUCUUUUGACUGUUUGCCACUUUCACCAGUGCUUACUGGGGGUUCCACCAUUCCAUUUGGUCGUACACUGUUGGAUUGCCUGAGGCAGUUCAUAGUUGCCGAACAUGUUGAGAACUAUCACUGCAGCCACUGUUGGCAUAAUGCUGCAAUCAAAUAUCUAUCUUUGAUGGAAGGGAAUGAGACAGAAAUUGAGAAGCUCGGUAGAUGUUCUAAAGAAGAAUUCUGUGACUGCCGAAAGCUUUAUAAUCUUGAAAAGCUACCUUGGUCAAAUAGGUUUUCUCAUACUCUGAAGCAGCUAAGUAUUGCUCGGUGUCCAAGGGUAUGCAUGCUUGAUCUUCUUUCUGCACUUUCUGUUAGAGAUAUUCUGUGCAUCCAAUUGAAAAGAGUUUCUAUGAACGUUUUUGGGGAACCAGCCAAACUGCAGGGCCAUAUUUCUUUUCCAUUGAUUUUGGAUUUGUUCCCAUUCACAACAAGCAAGCUAGGAAUAAAGAUAAAGGAGGCAGAUACACAAACACUUCCAACUACGCUGCAAACUAAUGGAAGUAAUCCCAUGCCAAGUCAAUAUAUCCAUCAAUCUGAGAGAAGUAUGUUGAAGUUGGAUGGCAUUUGUGGAUCAAGAAGAGGACAGAUAAAUUCAGCGAAUCGCAUAGAUAAUGGAUUUGUCUCCCCUGAGAAUGGACAGAAACUUCAUGGUGACACCGUGUUUCCCUGCAACAGGGGCUCCUCAGAAACCAUUCAUGGAAGCACUCAUACUCGGUUCACUGGCGAGGUGCAGGUGGGUGUAUCUAGUGAUUCAGUUUCUGAAGAAACAUGUUUGUACCAACUUGUUUCCGUUGUGCAACACUGCGGAAAAGCUGGUAGUGGGCAUUAUACCGUUUAUAGACGAGCAGGGAUGGAAUCAUCAAAUUCUUCUGAUGAUCAGUUCAAUCAGAAUCAGACUCCUCCUAUACAGUGGUUUUGCGUUUCAGAUUCUGAAGUACAUUCUGUUUCAGAGGAAAAUGUUCUUUCUGCAGAAGCCAGCUUGCUUUUCUAUGAGAAAAUUCCAGAGAACUGAAGAGGGAUAUAGUACAAUCAAUACAAGGAAUAGUGGGUCUUAUCUCAUCCUAGCCACUGGCCCAGAAUAAGCAAUCAAAGACGCCAAAAGUGGAUUGAAGGUGCUAGCCAAUAGCCAUGAAUGAUGCAAUAACUCAGAAGAACUGGACCAGUCAGCACAAUAGUUGCUGAAGUGAAGAAUACAAGCUCUGUUAACCCUUCUUUAAAAUAGGAGAGACAAGCUCUUGGGAGACAAACUCUAUCUUAGGCCUCUGCACCAAAAACAAAAAUGGAAAUCAUCGAAGUUAGGGUGAGAGUAGAAUCCUUACAGUUAAAUCAUUCCCCAUUUUAGUGAUUUUUCAUCUGGCUUAUACAUUAGAUGUACUUAAAGAAAUUUUCCUUAUGGGAAGGUUUUUAAGUGAUUAUCGUACCUUCGAGAAACCUUAGUUCUUUCUGGAGUCACAAAAUCCAAGUGAUAUUGUAUUUUUGAACCCCCAUAUUGAAUGAAUGCUAUGAAUCGGGACUUCGAAUUUGCAGGUGUAUAGAACAAUAUCAGUGCAAGUUUAUCAUAUUUUGUAUAA